AUGAACGUAAGUCUAGGUGAUUUCUACAGCAACAUGUUUUUUCCGACGGCUAGGACGCUAUUUAGUGCUUCGUUGGUAGGUAGUCGAGUACUUGCUCGGACGGCUUAUCUGGGUGGCUUCUCUCAACGGUUCAAGUCGGAUACAAUUCGUGGCGCUGUGAUUGGGAUCGAUCUGGGAACGACGAACUCCUGUGUGGCGGUUAUGGAGGGAAAACAAGCAAAGGUUAUAGAAAAUGCAGAGGGUGUGCGAACAACCCCAUCAACCGUGGCUUUCACAAAGGAUGGUGAACGAUUAGUUGGAGCACCGGCGAAGCGUCAAGCAGUCACUAACCCCCAAAACACCCUCUAUGCUACAAAAAGACUAAUUGGGAGACGAUUUGACGAUCCAGAGGUGCAGAAGGAUGUAAAAAUCGUACCUUUCAAAAUUUCGAAAGCUAGCAAUGGAGAUGCUUGGAUCGGAGCGUUUGUUCUUAUGAAAAUGAAAGAGACCGCUGAAAACUAUCUUGGAACGACAGUACAUAAUGCUGUUAUUACCGUUCCGGCCUACUUCAAUGACUCACAGAGACAGGCUACAAAGGAUGCAGGACAAAUUGCUGGUUUGAAUGUCCUUCGAGUGAUUAAUGAGCCCACUGCUGCAGCUCUUGCUUACGGUCUGGAUAAAACAGAAGAUAAAAUCAUUGCUGUCUAUGAUCUCGGUGGUGGAACCUUUGAUAUUUCUGUGCUGGAGAUCCAGAAAGGUGUGUUUGAGGUCAAGUCUACGAAUGGAGAUACUUUCCUGGGCGGGGAAGACUUUGACCACGCACUGGUGAAUUACUUAGUUGCCGAGUUCAAACGAGAGCAAGGAAUCGAUCUUACGAAGGACCCAAUGGCAAUGCAACGUCUUCGCGAAGCUGCUGAAAAAGCAAAAUGUGAGCUUUCGUCAACCACUCAAACGGAUAUCAACCUGCCCUACCUCACAAUGGACACAUCUGGACCGAAACACAUGACAAUGAAGCUUACUAGAGCUAAGUUCGAGCAGUUGGUUGCCGAUCUCAUCAAACGCACAAUAGAACCUUGCCGUAAAGCCAUGCAUGAUGCUGAGGUGAAACCAUCGGAAAUAGCCGAGGUACUUCUUGUGGGAGGGAUGUCGCGUAUGCCGAAGGUUCAGCAAACCGUACAAGAAGUGUUUGGGCGAGCUCCGUCAAAGGCAGUAAAUCCCGAUGAAGCUGUUGCUAUAGGAGCUGCAAUUCAAGGAGCGGUACUUGCUGGUGACGUGACCGAUGUCCUUCUACUCGAUGUCACUCCUUUAUCACUCGGUAUUGAGACGCUGGGAGGUGUGAUGACAAAACUAAUAACACGUAACACUACCAUUCCUACUAAAAAAAGCCAGAUAUUUUCCACUGCUGCUGAUGGGCAAACACAAGUGCAGAUCAAGGUUUGUCAGGGUGAGCGUGAAAUGGCGAACGAUAACAAAUUGCUCGGGCAAUUUUCUUUGGUUGGCAUUCCACCUGCGCCACGCGGUGUUCCUCAGAUAGAAGUUACCUUUGAUAUCGAUGCAAAUGGAAUUGUUAACGUAUCAGCCAGAGAUCGCGGUACCGGAAAGGAACAACAAAUUGUGAUUCAGUCUUCCGGAGGCCUCUCAAAAGAUCAAAUUGAAAACAUGAUUCGCGAAGCUGAGAGGAAUGCUGCUGAAGACGCCAAAAAGAAGGAGAUGGUUGAGGUCCUCAAUCACGCUGAAGGUAUUAUCCACGACACAGAGAGCAAGAUGGCCGAAUUCGCUGACCAGCUUCCUAAAGACGAGUGUGACGCAUUGAAAAAUAAAAUCGAGGAUACCAAGAAAAUCUUGGCCAAUAAGGAGAACGAGACACCAGAGAAGAUCAAAGAUGCUGUAAACUCACUUCAACAGCAGUCUCUUAAACUUUUCGAGGCAGCGUACAAAAAGAUGGCAGAAAAAAAUUCUGGAGGGGCUUCUGAUGCUCAGGAAGCAAAAACAGCUGAGGAACCAAAGAAGGAACAAAACUGA